AUCGACUGUGAGUACCGGCCUAUGUUGCGUAGCGAGAGUCGCGGGUUACAUCCAACGGCCGACAGUUGUCGCCAGUUGUCCCGUCGCGCAUUGUCGCGAAUAAUCGCGCAAUCGCGAGAGGAGAGUAGCAUUGGAGAGUAGGAGACUCGCAUUUUCGGGACAACAAAUUUACGAAUCAAUUCGUCUCGUCAAGACGAGGACGCGAUCGCGGCCGUGGUGACACAAAUGCGGAGGCACCGCGACAGCUCGCUGUAAUAAUGUUGUGCGAGCCGACCGACACGGGCGGUCGGGCGCAAUAAUGACGAACGAUACGAACCGACGUGCCGGUGGAUCGAAAUAUGCGAGGUAGACAAGUAUGAAACAGUAAAUAUGCCUCAUGGCUGGAGGCGAGAACAGCAGCGAGCCAAAUGGAAACUUAGACAAGACGCACCGGUGGCUGUGCCACAGUAGUCUUCGCUCCUCCAGAACGCCCGAGUCUUGCUCGAGUAAUGAAUUCACGAAGCGGCAAGGUGCGGAGCAACGUCGCACCGCUGUCAAAAAUAUCAGCCUAUUGCAAGACAGUAUUCUGAGAAUAUUUACGGAUUCCUUACACUGUGAUCUUAACAUAGUACAUGGUUACAAAGUAAUACGUAUAAACGAGUGCGUUGUUAAAACAAGAUCGCCACGCUUGUACCAAGUUCUCAAGCCUUAUUUCGUUUACACUAACAAAACGAUCCAUUGCAUUCUCGAUAAAGCCGGACUUUUCCAUCGGAUUGAAGGUUUCGUAAGGCUUCUCUACAGUAAUCUCGACUUCACUCGAGAAGAGCAGUUGUUGGUAAAAAUAAUUUUGAAUACAAAUUACAAGUGUCAGUCUUUAGAUGAAUUUGAUACCAAUGUAUCUCGCACCGACAACAGGAAAUACGAGAAAUGUCUGACGUUGAACUGUGAUCUGGGACGUACGGACGUGAAGGACGUAAAGGAUUAUGCUGUAGCGAGCGCGAGCCCUGUUGCAUCAGAAAUGGCCGAUUCCGGUUUGGAGACAGGUUCGAUAAGUCCGCACGACAAUACGUCAGAGAAUUCGAGCACGGACCUGGAGGUGACGCAGGCGGCGGAGUACACUUCCGCUAACGAUGACGACUCGGAUCGGAUACGCGCCGAGCGGGUUCGCAACAAGAGCGAUUGUAAGACAUUUUUGUUGUACGACGAACACUGCGAGUCGCUCAACGACGACAGUUGUCGUGGAAGGAGCGCGACCCAAUCUGUGUCGAACGAUCAUAGCGUAACGUACUCCUCGUCCCUGGAGACGGAACAUCAGCCCACAAACACAACGUCGUCGGACAACGUCCAGGAAGCGAAACUGAAUGCCGACGAGAUCUUCCAGUACGAAAGUCGGAUGUUAAAUGAGCCAUUCUACGAGUCGGAUUGCGGCAGCGAUGAAAACGAAUCUUUCGAAUUUAUCGAGCCCAUCCCUUCGACGAGUGACGAUCAUGAAGAAACUUCCACAAAGUGCAAAUUGGAAUGGAAAACGCAGCCCGACGCCGAAGAAUCGCUCGUGGAAAGCGCGACGAGCAAAGCUGAAGCGAGCCGAGAAUCCGACCAGUCUCGUCUUACUAACGCGACUGGCCGUAACAACUCCUGCGCGAGCGGUUAUUACUUCAUCGAUGCGUCCACCUUGAAUGACGAGGUGGACAUCGUGUCCACGAAUGUAGCGAGGAAUCAGUAUGGUAGUGACGGUGGUACGUCACUACCAUACCUGACGUUUUCCUCAAAUUAUACAGAUUACACGGCGAACAAAUCGAACAACGCCGUGGAGGAACAAUCGUACAAGUUUACGCCGCUCAAGGCGCUGCCCCUGCAAACGGGCCACGAGCGAGUGGCGGAACUUGAACGGGAGCUCAAACUCACCGAAUACUUGCAGCCAUUUCCAGAGUCGCGCAAAAUAAAACGAGUAGAUUCUCCAGCUGUCUCCUCGGAGGAGAAGAUAGAGACGAGCAAGCCGACGGAGAAGGAGUCGUUGGCCGUGGAGAUCAAAGAGGCGGACAGUGGGGAGAGCGCGCAUCCUUCCCCGUGUCCCGACAACAAUACCAAGUUGAACAACCGAGAUGAAAAAACGGAAACGCCGAGCAGUGCCGAGGCAACGAAGACAGCAGGGAAGAGAAGCGAGAAAGACGCGGCGGGUGAGACAAGCGGGGAGGACAGGCGACCAUCGCUCAUCAGAAGAAACACGUUCGAGCUUGACUCUAACGACGAGAAGUUAUCCGUUUUGAGACAAGAGUAUGAACGCAGGCAAGGUAGCCUCGUUUUUCAAAGCGCCAUUCCACAAUACUCCGGACAUCGCGUAGACGGAGACUCCAUUUGCCACGCACCUUCCGAUUCCGUAGUUAAUCCGAUUCCAAUUAUUGAGCCGUCGAUCACGUUUACACCCGAUAUACAGAGCUCCAUUAAUACACAGCAUCCGGUGUCCUAUUCAUUGGACGGUCAUGAAUACGAGAUAAAUCAAACGCAAGCGCAAGCGAAUUAUGUACAAUCCGGUCUCAGCAAGUCUUGCGCGGUUUACCCGGUUAUCAAGAGUGCCAGCGACAAAUCUAUCGUGGAUUGCGGCAUGGACUGUGGCUCGGACGAUACGUUGAAUCAUUGCAGUAGCAGCCUACCGGUUACCUUGGAUUCCAUCUUGGAGAAAGGUAACCGAGCGGAGCCUGUAAAGAGAACCUGUAAGCGAGACGAAGCCACUCCGAUUAUUUCUGGCGGUGUUAGCACCUCGGAUUAUUCGAAACCUACGGACAGUCCGACCGUGCGGCGCAAGACGGAAUCCACACCGAUCGUAUCGGGCGGCUCGGUGAUUAUGAACAAGCCUGAAAUGAAAGUCAAGUCCUCCAAAAUGUCUUCCUCCAUGACUGCCUGGGUGGUUGACAUGAGUGAUUGUAAUAAAGAGGAACCCAAGGCUCGAAGCAACUCACGGAGCAUGUCGCAAAGCUUCUCCACCUCCGAGAGCAUGAAAAGAUCCAUGCAAAAGUCAGGCUUGAGUCAUGAAAAGCACGGUUUAGGCUUCUUUGUCGAUCUGAAGGAUGUGAAGGAUGUGAAGGAUACAAAAGAUAUGAAAGUUGAUGUUGAACCCAUCAAAUGUGAUCGCCCACUCGAGAGGAAGGAACGCGACGGUAACGGCAGCGGCAAGCCUUAUUGUGAAUUUUACGUAGAUAUAUCUGACAAGAGUAACGGUGGUAGAGUCAAGCCAUCCGAAAGGCAGAGCACAAGCAUGAGAAACGACAUUUCGAGCGAAGGAGAAAAGAAGAACAUCUUCUCGAUGUUUAUCGAUCUGAAUGAUACGCGUGCAGACGUUGCCGCUCCGACGAGGCACAGGCGAAGCUUUUCAACGAUACCGAAUAAAUUAGCAGAUAACAUAAAUAAGACGGACGACAGUAGCUCGAUAGAUAACAGCAGCAGCGCCGCGGGAGAUAAUCAGCCGGUGAGCCAAGAACAAAAGAAGGAAAAAACGAAGCCUAGCGUCUUUAUGUUCAUAGAGUCCGAUUCUCCUGUAGUGAGAAGACGGACGCUAUCUACUUCACGGCCAACGUUCCAGCGACACUCCUGGAACGUGGACAAGACACAAUCGGUAAAUAAUAGUAACGGCUGCGUGGCGAAAGAACUUAUGUUUAGAAGGGAGCACAAACGUGCGCACAGCGUGUCGAUGGACAGUCGCGGCAUUACCAAGCAACUCCAAGCGAAGACGAGCUCGUCCAGUCACUCGUUGAGCGACGCGGCUAAGGCGGACUCUUACAAUCAUAAAAAUUUCAAGACACUACAGGAGCGUGAGCAUAACUCCAACAAUAUGGACACAUCGUCCGAGGAUGUAUUCGAGUUUGAUGUAAGGGACACUCCGCCGAACUCUCACGUGGAGAUCGAGAAUGAACAGCUGCGCGUCAACGUGAAUCACCGCGAGUACAAAGAAAUGACUCCCGGUCAAUUGGAGGACUUGGAGGCUAACGAGACGAGAGCGUACGAGGACGAGUUCUCGGAGACCUCCGCUUGGGAAAAGACAUGUACGGAGAGCACGGAAGGUCACACUCGCAAAAGUGAAACGUUCGACAUCAGCAGCGGCAGCGGACCUUCCCCGGACAGCGACAACCACUAUUACGAAUUGACCGACGUGUUGAAUUCGGGUGUUAACGAUAGAUCGCAACUAAUUGCCACGGGAAACAGCAGUAAGAUAUCGGAAACUCGCAAGUCAUUGAGUGAAACUAUCAAGAAGAUUGAGUGCGAAUUGAAGGAGCCGGGAUAUAACGACGCACAUCAGUCGUACGAAUGUCGUUUGUCAAAGAAAGCCGGCAAGGUGUCCGGUCGCGGCUUCAAGAAUUUGCAUUCCGAUUCGCACAAAACAAGUACUUCCAGUUUUGUACGUCUGUCGGAUUUAGAUAAAACGCCGACGGCUAAUCACGCGUCGGAUGUGUUGACGGUGAAAGCUGACAGAAGCACGUAUCGGAUGAGCAGCAGUAUCCCGGAAACAUCGUGGAUAGAGAGCAAGCUGGCAGUGACGAGGAACAGCGGCCCAGUUAAACCGGUCUCUAGGAAGCUCGCUUCUGUUAUGAGCACGUCGCUCCCAUCCAAACAGAAGUCACCGCUGGAGGAUUUGACCGGUGAUUGCGAAGCAGAAGGGAUUAUCUCCGAAUCUGAUCUCAGCAGCAUGCAGAGCAGUAUGGGACGUUCCGGAGCGGAAGGCAGCACGGAAGAAACUGAAACCUCAAGCAUAGCUGGUGCAAAGCCAUAUAAUAGACUGGGUGAGGAUUUAUUAAGGAUGUUCCUGGAAGAAAUCAAUCCUGACGUUACGAUAGACGUAGCUGGUCGGCAUAUAAGAGCGCAUAAAUGUAUAUUAAGUUCUCGUUGCCAAUAUUUUGCCGCAAUUUUGAGCGGCGGAUGGAUCGAAAAUGCAGGCAAUGUUAUUUCUCUACAAGGGUAUUCUUAUAAUGCAGUUCAUUUUGCAUUAUGUCAUAUCUAUAGUGGAGAAAGUAAUAUACCAGAUUCUAUAAGUAUCGUUGAAUUAGCGACGUUAGCAGAUAUGUUGUGUUUGGAAGGUCUUAAAGAAGUCAUAGGAUACACGCUUAAGCUUAAAUAUUGCCACCUGUUUCACAAGCCUUGCCAAAUAUGUGCCGUCGGAGUGUUGGAAUGUAUGCCGUUGGCAGCGGCGUACGGCCUGGAUGAAGUGUAUCGAAAGUCACUCAGAUGGACUACGAAGCACUUUGUACGAAUAUGGCCGUGCAAGGCAUUUGCGACUCUCCCGAGAGAACUUAUGGAAAAAUGUUAUCAUCAGCAUAUAGUGCACAUGUCUACCGACAACGUGCUACAAACCAUGAUAGAUUGCGAUAAACUGUUGGCAACCUUACCGAAUGUGCGAUGGGCAGAGCCGGUGUUUCGGAUGGUAUCAAAUCUGUUAGAGACAUCUGUAAAAUUCCUGUCGGAAAAUUUCGCAGCUGUCUUGGGAAGCGAUAAUUUCCAAUCUCUUGGCCGCGAGUUAACAUGGAACAUCAGCCGCUUAGAAGAUCACUUUCUAGCAGCCGUCGAACAGUUGCAGCCUGAACAAGCGUGCAAAAGUUAUUCGAGAUUGAACAAAAUGCUUCUCGCGUCGCAGACGGAUGAUUUUCAGGGUAAGAUCAAGUGGGGACCGCUGUUUAUUGACUUUCUGCACAAACUUCAAGGCUGUGUGGAAAAGUGCUUGGUGCGCGAUGCCGCACGUGCCGCGAGAACCACCACAUGGUUGAAAAUGGAUCUGGAACUUCGCAGGAGAAUACAGGAGCUAGCUUGUCUCGUGAUCUUGCCUCACGAGACUUCGAAACGUCUCUCCAAGCAUACAAACUUCCUAAAGGAACCUCGUGUGCCGCCAAAUCGGUCGACGAUAAGUCGCAGCUUAGAUUUAAAACGGGUGAAAAUGGCGAUAUCAGAGCAUAAUGACAAAACUUUAAAACAGGUGCCAUCAGCCAAGCAAACCAAGAAAGUUUUAUGUAAGCCAAAAACAGAUCCGCUCGAGCGUAAAAUGCAGGAGGAUAAACAAGUUACCUCUGAACCCGUUAGGCCAAAAUCAUGGCCUAAUAAGAUAGAGGUGAAAUCAAGAUAUUUGGAACAAAGAAACAAAGUUGUUCCAAAGGAAAACGUGCCCAUGCAUCACGACAAGUUCGUGCAACAACGGCGGAAAAUUAUGAUUUCCUCGUCUGAUUCGUCACGUACUUCCAGCCCGGCGAUGAAACGCGCGACAGAUAAAAAACCAAUGUCCAAGAUAAAACUACCAGUCAGGAAAGAUGUAAAAGCUCUCUCGUCGGACAGCUUGACGGAGGCGAACGCGGGUCGAACUGGCGCUAAAAAACCAGAUUUGAUCAGCAAAAGCUGCGCAAUUACCAGACCCGAAUCUCCUUCCUUUAAACAGAAAAGCGCCGAGAUAGGUUUAUCGGUGGACUCUUUGGAAACCAAGAGUAAGCCGGUUACCGUCAAAAAGAAAGUCAACAAAAUGGAUACAUCCAUGUCCACCGACAGUCUUAUGACGGAGAUAACGACGACUCCAAAAUCUAACGUAUCCAAUAAAUUGUCGCCUACUUUAGCAAAAGCGAACAAAACGCAAACUUAUGACAGGAUGAAAAAGAGCUCGCCACCAACACAGCAGAGGAGCCCAUUGGCGAUCACUAAGAGGCCUCUGAGAUCAUUGGAAAGUUCUACUGCCGCCAGUCGCAGUAGAGCCGCUGCUAUCAGUAACACAUACCAUGGUUCGCCGAGUUUACGUAGAAACUUAUUAGAUGCUGCAAGGACGCCGGACGUUCCCAGUAAACCGGUAAAUACAGUAGCCCCCUUCAGGGCGCGACAGGUCGUGCAGACAAACGUUUCUCUCAACACGAGGAGAGAGAGAAAGGAAACCCAAAAUUCGCAGACCUCUGAUAGCCCCAGCAAGAAAUCCUCCCCGAAGUCUAGCAUUGGCAGUAGGAUGAACAAAUCGGUGACCGCUGGCAGGAGAAUUGUCAGUAGUAAAGCUGACGACAAGAUUAAAAAGUGCUAUAAUGUGGAGGCACAGAGGCAACCCACAGUAGGUUCGAGAUCUGGCACGUUCCUCAAAGAUGAACCUACGAUACUUAAAAAAGUGGAUAUCAAAACAUCGCAAAUUAACACUUAAUGUUAUUAAUGGCUGAAUAAUUCUAUCGACAGGAUAUGCAUUGUCGACGCGAUAUUGAUUUUUGUCCAUUAAUGGUACUACGCUUUUAUCAGCAGGCAAGGAUUCUUUCAUCACGAGAUGGCUUGUAAUCAUAUCAUACAAGUAAAGUUAGAUUUUAAUGUUAUUAAUAUCAUUAAAAUAAUUUUGCAUCUCCAUACAUAUAUUAAUA